UGUGCAGACUUACAGGUGAUCCAACUUUAGCUGUGUCCUUAUCCGUUUAGUAAGAAGCCGUGCGCGCGCACGUCCUGACUCCUCGAGCGUGGUCCUGAUGCUAGUUCUCGGGGACGCGCGUUACGUCACCACUCGCUGCGUGGGUCACCUCGCUGCCCGCAUCCAGCGACAGGCUCUGCAUCCUUUCGCGUGGGCGAGCGCGUGCUGUCCACCUUGCGCUGGCGGAGAGUUGCAAGAAUGGCCGAGAGCGAGGCAGACACGCCGAGCACACCGAUCGAGUUUGAGAGUAAAUACUUCGAGUUUGAUGGAGUGCGGCUGCCGCCCUUCUGCAGAGGGAAGAUGGAGGACAUCUCCAACUUCUCCCUGAGAAGUAGCGACAUAUGGAUUGUUACCUACCCGAAAUCAGCCGAAAUGGGUUUUAGAGUCCACUCACAGCAUUUUACAGUCUGCAGGUUGUUUCAUAAUCACCUGCCAGCAAGUGAUUCAGCCACAGACACAGCUGAGCUGGUCGGUGUUUACAUGUCAAGCUGUGCAGGGUGUGGGCUGCAGAGCAGACAGCCACAGAGGAACG